CCGCGACGAGAAAAAGUUUUCAAAACGUACGUAAAAAUAUCAACUUAYUCGAAUUUUGUUAAAUAUUGCCAGGCGUUACAACASGGAGAAGAUUGAGACUGGUACAGAAAAAGCCUGAAAGGAACCUUGGGAACAAAAUCUACAUAUUGCUCAAGUAGUAUUCGAACGAUGGCAAGUUUGGUUAUGAACGGAGUCGAAACAAUGGCAAAUGGAAAGGAAAAUGGUGUCUCCUCGCUGUCAGAACCGUUGCACUUUGCAAAGAAGCUAUURAUUCAUGGCGGGAAUAUUGCCAACUGGAAUCGCACCAAGAGAAAGAUGACUACGAGCUCGGCAGACGAGCUGAGUGAAAAUAUCACAACAACUUUGCAAAGCUGUCUUCCUACGAUGGACAACAACAUGAACAGCAAGCAGCAUAGUGAAACCAUAAGAAGUGUAAACAGUUCUUUCAUUGAGCGAAUACAGCAAGACGAACGAGUUCAUCUAAAAAUCUCAGUCAAGAUUUUUGCAUUCCAAGCAACACCUUCUAUGGUCAAAGAUUCAUUUUUCAGAGCUAUUUGUGAGCUUGGUGUGGAUUCAAUUGAGACACUGCUUAUAAGUGUUCCAGAAAACCAGGACAACGGAGAAAGAUCRUUGAAGGAGCUCAGAAUGUUGUGGCAGGAAAUGGAAGAACUUURUGACAGUGGUUACGUCAGUACUCUUGGAACAUGCGACCUGGACAAACACACAUUGGAACAGCUGUAUGAAACAGCAAGGAUCAAGCCAGAGAUAAACCAAGUGAACUUGGCGUCAUGUUGCGUCAUGCCAAAGGAUUUGGUGGAGUUCAGCAAGCUGUCUGACAUACAACUGUUAACUCAUGCAGACCCUAAAGAAAUGCUGACAGAACAGAGACUUCAUGACAUUAUUUCUAAUGUCACUGAAGAUGAAAAUGUUGACAGCUGGAAACCCAUCUGGGCACUGCGGUACUCAGUCCUGGUCAAGUGCCGUGGUGUCAUUAAAAGCAAAGCGUACAUUGUUAAAUGUGAGAGAAGAGAUCAAAACUCCCUGCAAUGAUGAAUUACUGCUACAAGAAGAAGAUGUACAAAAUUAUAAAUAGAAUACUAGGUAAAUUUGUAAUCAACUGACCCAAUAGUCCAAACAAUAACCUCAAUUUUCUAUACGUACAUUACAUAAACCACCAGCAUAUAAAAUAAUAUCAUUUCAUAGAAUUACGUUAGAUGUAUAGAACUCAAAGAGUGGAAAUAAUAUACCGUUACACAUCGACCAAGUGGUGCUAAUUUCACCAGUAUGUGGACUGUAAGACAUCCACAAGUAGUAUUAUUUCCAGAGCAUUUUCUGUUGUAUAAUUAUUAUUGAAUUGUGCUAAUUAGUAGCACAUGUUUGAAGGGUUGAUUGCAGUCACUCUAUGGUACGUGCAGCUCUUACGUCACACAUCAAAUGCGUCAACUUACAUUCAUUAAAACAACUUGCUACCAAAAAAUUAAAGCAAUAUAUAUAUAUAAACGAUUACUGGAACUGAGCAUGGAGUUCAACAGGAAGUCAGUACUUUCCUGUAAAAAGAAAAAGUUGAAUAUGUACUUCUAGUAACUAUGACAACACCCUCAGUAGACCUCUGUCAAGGCUGAGCUUGUUUUAGACAAAAUUAGGCCUGGAAUAGUAAAAUUUCAGUGUUGAUUGAUGAUUAUAUAUCAUAGAUUUUGAUUGGUUGUUGAAGCAAUCAUUAGUUUUGUUCAAAUGUAAUUGGUUAAAAUUUUCCAUAAUGCCCAUAAUAGAUUGUAGAGUUCAAACUCUAAAAUCAUGAAAAACCUUAGUAAUUAAAUAGUGCUAAAUUGUAGGGAAUGAUAGGAAUUCUUUGUUUUCUAUUGUUUUAUCUACUAUUAUCACUGUUUAGUUAGUACAUUUUUACGUUUUAGAGUUUCACUCUAGUAGCCAGUAUUUGAUUGGUUGAUUUAACUUGUCUGUUGAUUGGUAGUAAUCAGACAAAUCUUAUAUACGUAUUCAAUUUAAACUAGCAUAAUGUGUAGAAUACUGAUUAUUUGUACAUACAUUCAAUCUGAAAUUUCACAUGUAAUACCAUUGUAAUUUUGAUAUACAUAUUUUAUUUUAAUGUUUUCAGUUCUACCAAGUACAUUUUUUGUUUUCCUAAAUUUUGUUAAUUAAUUUUGAUCCUUAGUGAUAAUAAUAAACAUUAAUAUCUUCCCAA